UUCCUUCCUUCCCAGCAACAGCCCCACCAGCAUCUCAGGGACUUUGGCGUCCCCAACCCAAGUUGGAGCCAAGAGAUGAUGGACCAGUUUGAGAAGCUCACAAAGAUGUGCGAGGACGGAUCGUGGCAACGCAUGGCCAGUUAUAACAACUGCGUGGACAGCAUGCCAGUUCGCAGCAAAUUGGGGUACAAGCCGAGGAAGCAUCAAGACGCCUGCUUGUUCGUCCGAAACGUGGCUACCGAAGGCCGCGGAUUCGAGUUUGCCAUGUUUUACAACGGCUUGGAGAGACGGAUGGUGGUUCUUCUCCAACCUGGAUCCUAUUUGGAAGGGAUGAUCGGGUUCAUGCACGGGGGGGCCGUGGCUGCCAUCCUGGAUCACACCUUUGCGAGUUGCGGCAUCUGUGCCUUUGGGAUUGUGUUGACCGCCAACCUCUCCGUGAACUACAAGAGCCCCAUCCCGCUGGGCUCUGUAGUCCUCGUGGAAACCAAGGUGGAGAAAGUAGAAGAGAAGAAGAUAUUUCUAUCCGGGCGUGUGCAGAGCACCGACGCGCAAAACCUUCACGCGGACGCCACUGCUCUCUUGAUUCAUCUGGACGCGAAGACUUCUUCCCAUCCAGUCACCGACUCCAACUGAUCCUUCUUCGCAGUGGUGAAAUCCAAAUUUUUUUUACUACCUGUUCGGUGGGCGUGGCUUGGUGGGACGUGGCAGGGGAAGGAUACUGCAAAAUCCCCAUUCCCUCCCUACUCCUGGGGGAAUGGAUAUUGCAAAAUCUCCAUUCCCACCCCACUCUGGGGCCAGCCAGAGGCGGUAUUUGCCAGUUCUCCGAACUGCUCAAAA